AUGCGUAACGAAGCUACUCGGGCCUGUGAUCGCUGCCACGCCAUCAAGGAGCGGUGCCAAUGGACCAAAGCAUCUCGCGAUUGCGCCCGCUGCUGUCGUCUGGGCUUUGAAUGCCAGAGCCUGCGUCCCUUGAAGAAGGCCGGCCGCCCUCCUCGCGCCGCACUCCCACGAAAGAUGGCAUCCGCACGCCGUGAAACCGACAAUGUGAACAAGGCGGCAAUCGUCGAGAGUCUGGACAUGGGCCAUCUCCUCUCGGCCUUGUACCCAAGCGUCACCCGGAGCCUCUCGCAAUUCAAUGACCUGAGCUUCGAGGAUCAACGCCUCAUCCAGCAAGUCAUUUUCGACGAUGAUGCCAUGAAUACCUUCGUUCUCGGGCCGAGCUUUUGGGAAAUGCACCGGGGGCUUCUCAUUUCCCACUUUGUGGUUUCUAGACACACGCUUAAGGAUGCAUUUCUCGCCAUGGGCAAGUGUUGGAACAAACUCACCGACAGGCCAUCCGAGCAAAAAGUCGACUCCGAUGCCUAUAACCGACAUGCGUCGUCUGCUCUGGCUCGGCUUCAGCAGUUCCAGGUUCACGACAGCCAUGGGGUUUCAGAAUGCCUCAUCUUGGCCGGCAUGAUUGUGUCGUACGCCUACUGUUCGAGCGUCUCGGAUGUUUCGACAGUAUGCAACCAAGCCCUUGGCCUCAUCAAGCCAUCCUACGAGUCCGGGAGCAAUCUCGGCUCCGACGAUCUUGUCUUUUUGACCUGCAUGAUCGUGCCUGAACUGGUUCACUGCUUGCUCCAUGGUUCAGUGCCCACAUUGAGGUUUCGACCGAUCCUCGAAUCAAGACCCUCCGUGGAUCGUUACAUGGGGCUCUCGACUCCACUACUUCCAUACUUCUACGACCUCUGUGAACUUGGAAACGCGCUAGCUCAUGCCGACGACAAUGAUAUCCGCCAAGUCCUCGAAGCGUUAGACCCCAUUGAAUCAGCAGUGCUGUCCUGGCAGCCCCAAAUUCCAGAUAAAUUCUGCUCAGAUUUCACGACUAUCGAGGUUGCCCACAUCCUAUGCCAGGUGCAAGUCAUGCGUUUGGCUGCGCUGCUCAUUAUCCAUCGACUCAGAUUCCCUUUCGGCUGCAACGACAAACCUGCAGAGACAAUGGCUGCAUGCAUUUUGACCCAACUCGAGGUGACUUAUUUGACAACCAAAAAACCCGUUGUGGCUGUCGGCUUGCCUGUUUUAGUGGCCUACCUAAAUAUCCAAGACAGCGCCGAGAGGGACCGGUGGUAUUCACGCAUUCCUGACAUGGUCGGCUACACUCCCCCUUUCGCUGCAUAUUACCAGUGUCUCAUCUCAUCAUUUUGGACCGCCAGGGAUGUUUUGGAGAGUAUCCCAUGGUAUAACAUAGGGAGUGUUUUGUCACCAUUAGUGUAA